CGCAGCCAUGAGGGGCGUGCGGGUGAGCACUUCCAGCCUGACGGCCACACUGGUGUGUGUGACGCUGCUCUCCGGACACGCCCCUGCCGAGAAGAUACCUAUCGGAGCCAUUUUCGAGCAGGGCACGGACGAGGUCCAGGCGGCCUUCAAGUUCGCCAUGCUGAACCACAACCAGAAGGAUGGCAAGCGUUUCGAGCUGCAGGCUUUUGUCGACGUCAUCAACACUGCAGACGCCUUCAAACUGUCCAGGCUCAUCUGCAGCCAGUUCUCGAGGGGAGUGUUCGCGCUGCUGGGAGCCGUCAGUCCGGACUCGUUCGACACGCUGCACUCCUACAGUAACACCUUCCAGAUGCCUUUCGUCACACCGUGGUUCCCUGAGAACGUCCUGGCACCCUCGUCGGGUCUGCUGGACUACGCCAUCAGUAUGCGCCCCGACUACCACAAGGCCAUUAUCGACGUGGUGCGACACUACGGCUGGAAGAGCGUCAUCUACAUGUACGACUCCAACGACGGUCUGCUGCGGUUGCAGAGCAUCUACCAGAGCCUGCGGCCCGGCGGCGACUCCCUGCAGGUGGCGGCCGUCAAGCGCGUCCACAACGCCUCGGAGGCCAUCGACUACCUGCACAGCCUGGAGGAGGUCAGCAGGUGGAGCAACAAAUAUCUGGUGCUGGACUGCCCUACAGAGAUGGCGAAGGAGAUUGUGGUGACGCACGUGCGGGACAUAACACUCGGCAAGAGGACCUACCACUACCUCCUGAGUGGGCUGAUUAUGGACGACCGGUGGGAGACCGAAGUGACGGAGUACGGCGCGAUCAACAUCACGGGUUUCCGGAUCGUGGACAACACCAGGCAGAACGUGCGCGACUUCCUGGACAGCUGGAGGAAGGUGGACCUCGGCACAGCUGCAAGAACAAGUCGUGACUCUGUAUCGGCGGCGGCGGCGCUGAUGCACGACGCCGUGCUGGUGCUGGUGGAGGCGUUCAACAAGCUGCUGCGCAAGAAGCCCGACCUGUUUCGCGCCAGCCAGCGGCGCGGCCAGGUCUUCAACACGACCAGCCGCGGCGUCGAGUGCAGCAUCAACAAGGGCUGGGUCACGCCCUGGGAGCACGGCGACAAGAUCUCGCGCUUCCUCAGGAAGGUUGAACUCGAGGGCCUAACAGGAGACCUGAGCUUUGGCGAGGACGGUCGGCGGCGAAAUUACACUCUGCACGUCGUGGAGAUGACAGUCAACAGUGCCAUGGUCAAGGUGGCUGAGUGGUCAGACGAAACGGGACUCACCCCAGUUGCCGCCAAGUACGUAAGGCUUCGCACGAGUACCGACAUCCAGAAGAACAGAACAUACGUCGUGACGACCAUAGUUGAGGAGCCGUAUAUAAUGCUUCGUAAACCAGAGCCAGGAGAAAUCCUGCUGGGCAACGACCGUUUCGAGGGCUACUGCAAGGACCUCGCCGACCUCAUCGCCAACAAGAUUGGCAUUAACUAUGAGCUCCGGAUCGUGAAGGACGGCCAAUACGGCGCUGAGAACCCGGACGUUGAAGGCGGCUGGGACGGAAUGGUGGGGGAGCUCGUUCGCAGGGAAGCAGAUAUCGCCAUCGCGUCAAUGACGAUCACGUCCGAACGGGAACGCGUGAUCGACUUCAGCAAGCCCUUCAUGUCGCUGGGCAUCAGCAUCAUGAUCAAGAAGCCAAUGAAGCAGAAGCCGGGAGUGUUCAGCUUCCUGAACCCUCUGAGCAAGGAGAUCUGGGUGUGCGUCAUCUUCUCGUACGUGGGCGUCAGCAUCGUUCUGUUCAUCGUGUCGCGCUUCUCGCCGUACGAGUGGCGGCUGCCGCAGCCGCCGUUCGACGAGACGGCUGGGCUGGCCAUCGUGGGCGUCGGGACGCCCGGAGGCGGCGUCGCUGCCCUGGGCAUCGGCCCGCUGGGCAGCGGGGGCGGCGGCGGGGGCGGCGGUGGUGGCGGCGGUGGAGGCGGCAGUGGCAAGACGACCGACUGCAGCGCGCUCACCAACGACUUCAGCAUUCUCAACAGCCUGUGGUUCGCCCUAGGAGCGUUCAUGCAGCAGGGCUGUGACAUCACGCCCAGGUCUAUCUCUGGCCGCAUCGUCGGCAGCGUGUGGUGGUUCUUCACGCUGAUCCUCAUCUCAUCCUACACGGCCAACCUGGCGGCCUUCCUCACGGUGGAGCGCAUGGUGGCGCCCAUCAACAGCCCUGAGGACCUGGCCUCACAGACGGAGGUCGAGUACGGGACGCUCUACCACGGAUCCACCUGGGACUUCUUCAGGAGGUCGCAGAUCACGCUGUACAGCAAGAUGUGGGAGUUCAUGAACUCCCGUAAGCACGUGUUCGUGCGGACGUACGACGAGGGCAUCAGACGCGUCCGCAACUCCAAAGGGAAGUACGCGCUGCUGAUCGAGUCCCCUAAGAACGACUACAUCAACGAGAGGGAGCCCUGCGACACCAUGAAGGUCGGCCGCAACCUGGACGCCAAGGGGUUCGGCGUAGCGACUCCACUGGGUUCACCUCUCAGGGACGAGAUAAAUCUUGCUGUGCUGUCUCUUACUGAAAAUGGUGACCUCACUAAACUGAAGAAUCGGUGGUGGUACGACCGUACGGAAUGCAAGCACAGCGACAAACAGGAUGCAUCCCGAAACGAACUUUCGCUGAGCAACGUCGCAGGCAUUUUCUACAUACUUAUAGGCGGCCUCUUACUGGCAAUGGCGGUAGCCUUGCUGGAAUUUUGUUACAAGUCUCACAUGGAAGCAAGCAAAACAAAGAUGUCACUCUCUGAUGCCAUAAAGGCAAAAGCUCGGUUAACUAUAGGAGGAGGAAUGGAUUUCGACGGAGGAAGGUACUAUGCCCCAGCUCACCGAAUCAACAACACAAAGAUGGACCAACCUCACUGCAACACGCACACUCAAGUCUGAAGAGAGCGUAUUCGAGAAGUGUUAUAGGAUACAUCACGUGACGUCUAGGCGUGCAAUAAUGCACGAAGAUAAUUCGUGCGUUGACGAAGUUCCCCGUAAAGUGAAUGUGAAGGAGGAAACUUCACACAAGCAGUACAAAUGUUAAUGCAGUAAUUUUCAUAAGAUUUUAUACGUAAGAAGAACUAUUUGUUACAUACAGCGGGAUUAUAUUUUUCUUCAGUUACACAUAAUUUCCUUUUCUUAUUCCAGUGAUUUGAACAGUGAAACUGCCUGGAAGAUUAAAACUGUGUGCCGGACCGAGACUCGAACUCGGGAACUUUGCCUUCCGCGGGCAAGUGCUCGGUCCAGCACACAGUUUUAAUCUGCCAGGAAGUUUCAUAUCAGCGCACACUCCGCUGCAGAGUGAAAAUCUCAUUCUGGAUUUGAACAGUCUUCAUAAAUCGAGUACUAUGAAGGACUGUAAUUUCUGUUGAUAAAUGAUGUUAAUAUUAAUAAUAAACUAUUAAAGAUGGAAGACGGUAACUUAAAUUCUAAAAGAAACUGAUAGUGCUUUGUCACGGGUAAAGAUAUGUCUAUGGGAUAAAGACGCUCUCUUUUCACAGAUUGCAGAUCCAAUGCUAAAUUUUUUAUCAAACUUCAGAGAAACACACAGUAAUAAUAUGCAAUGUAUAUACACUAAAUAUAUAUAAUUA